AUAUUGAGUAACAUAACGUCCAUUUUAUCUUCAUCUUUAAUUUGACUCAUUCUGUUUUUCGCUUGUUUAUACAGAUAAUGUAAUUUUUCUCGUAUCAUAUAUGGAUGUUUUGAAAUAUCGGAUGUUGUCAUGUGAAAAGCAGGCAUGGAAGCAACACAAUUGAUAGCAGAAUAGUGGUUACUCUGUAUUUUAAAUAAAUUUUUCAAAAAUAAGUAAAGUACGGACAAUUGAACAUCUCAUUUCCAAGGGUGUUGCUUGUCUUGCAGAUGCUAGUUUGUAAGCCAGUAUUUGUUUUGCACAAUGACUGCUAGCGAUAUACAAGGUUCAUUGAAAGAAGCUCUAUAUGAAACGUUAACUGGGAUUUUGUCACCACAUCAUGAAACUCGCAAGGCAGCAGAGCAAAAGAUUCAAGCUUUGGAGGUGACUGAGGAGUUCGGUAUACAUUUGACAGAAUUUGUGAUUGAUCCCAACAGUCAUUUGCCCAUCAGGCAGUUAGCUUCUAUCUUGUUGAAACAGUAUGUUGAGACACACUGGUGCUUGUUGGCUGAGAAAUUCCGUCCACCAGAGCUUGAUAAUGCUGUCAAAGAAAGGAUUAAAGAGUUACUUCCCUUAGGACUUCGAGAAUCUAUUAGUAAGGUACGAACUGCAGUAGCUUAUGCAAUAUCUGGUAUAGCAUAUUGGGAUUGGCCUGAAAAUUGGCCUGGAUUGUUUGAUGUACUUGUUAGCUGUUUGAGAGAAGAGAGCGAAUAUGCUGUUCAUGGAGCGAUGAGAGUAUUAACAGAAUUUAGUCGGGAUUUGACAGACGCUCAGUUGCCUAAUGUAGGACCUGUUAUUCUUCAAGAGAUGUACAGGAUAUUUCAAAGUGAAAAUUAUUCGAUUAGAACACGUGGACAUGCAAUUGAAAUCUUCAUAACGAUUACAACUUUGGUUGCUCACACGGGAGCAUAUGAGAAGGAAUUUAUAGAGCAGUAUCUGCAACCUAUCAUUCCUAUGUUCUGUGAAAAGUUUGUUGAGUGCCUCAGAGUGCCUAAUGGUCAAACUAGUGAUUGUGGGUUCAAAACAGAUAUUAUUAAAGCUAUAAACUGUCUUGUUAUGAAAUUACCUAAAUAUGUAUCGGAGCUUUUACCUCAAAUGCUGCCACCCAUAUGGGAAACUUUAUGUCAAAGUGCAAAGACUUAUCAAGAAAUAACAGUUAAUGCUGAUAAAAAUAUCAAUGAUAAAGAAGUCGAUUCUGAUGGCGAAGUGCUUAAUUCCAACAGUUUGAUUAUUGCAAUUUUUGAGUUCGUUCAAACUAUUGUGGAUCGUAAGAGGUUCAUGAAUCUGUUGGAUAAUAUGCUACCAGAAAUCAUGUAUUAUCUAAUAGUAUUUAUGCAAAUAACGGUCGAUCAGAUUCAACAAUGGACAACUAAUCCGAAUCAAUUUGUCGAGGAGGACGAGUGUACCUUUGAUUAUAAUGUUCGAAUCUCGGCUCAAGAAUUUUUAACAGCUCUUAUUAGUCAUUUUGAGGAGAAAGCGGUACAUAUUCUUUGUGAUGUAGUUACGCAACAUAUUGAAGCAACAAAGGCGCUACAAACUAACGAUGAUGGUAGCAACAGCAAUGAGAGUUGGUGGAAAUUACGGGAAUCCUCUGUUUUGGCAUUGAGUCUUUCUAAGAAUUGUGUCAUUGAAAAACAGCAAGCUGGGACAUUGCAGUUCGAUAUUAUUAGGUUUCUAGAUAUAGUUGUUUUGGGAAUGUUAAAUGAUUCGGGAUCGCCUCCGUUGCUUCUUGGCCGUUGCUUAUGUCUCGGUGGACGAUAUGCCAAGAUAAUGCCACCGGAAAUAAGUUCUCGAUUUCUAGAAGCUACAGUUAACGGUUUACAGGAAAAUCAAUCACCUUGUAUACGAAUUAGUGCUGUUAAGGCGAUCUAUUGGUUCAGCGAAGCGUCAACUGGGAAGGAUCCCAUCGUCAACAUAAUACGUUGCCAUAUGCCCAACAUUUUUCAAGGGUUGUUCAAUCUAGUUAGUCAACCUAGCACAGACGUUUUGACUUUGAUCAUGGAGACAUUUCAAAUGCUAAUUUGGCAACAUAAAGAAUUUACAGCAUCAGUGGAAAACAAGAUUUGUCCUUUGACAAUUGCAGUGUUUGUAAAGUUUCAUAGCGAUCCGGCAAUCUUAGAUAUAUGUCAGGACAUAUUUAAAGACUUGACACAGAUUCCAAGUUGCAUCGAGCCGCUGCAAACUCGUAUAAUACCGACUUUAAUAAGCAUGAUGAUAACUCCUGUAAAUAAAACAAAGGAUGGUAUAAAUGAGGGAUCUCGAACUGUAGCGUUGGAUGUAUUGAAAGUUCUGGUGCAGUAUUCGCCGAUGCCUCUAAGUAAUACUUUGGUGGAGACUGCUUUUCCGACUGCCUGCCAUUGUAUUCUUAACUCGGAAGACCACGCAACGUUGCAGAGUGGCGGGGAACUCAUACGCACAUAUUUAUCCGUGGCGGCGCAGCAGAUUAUCGCUCAUCGAGACAAGGAAGGGCAAUCUGGGCUACAAUACAUACUCCAGAUAAUCGCUCAGCUCUUAAAUCCGCAGUCGAGCGAAUUCACUGCCACUUUUGUCGGACGUUUGGUCACAACACUGAUUCGAAAUGUGGGAGACAGUCUGGGUGAGAAUCUUGACUUACUGUUGAAAGCGGUGCUGAGCAAAAUGCAGAGCGUGGAGACGUUGAUCGUGAUGCAGAGUCUGCUAAUGAUUUACGCGCAUCUUAUAAAUACGCAGUUCAACGCUGUGCUAAAUUUUCUGUCAACUGUGCCUGGGCCAAUGGGACAGAGUGCACUUGCGUUUGUAUUGUCCGAGUGGGUCAGCAGGCAGCACUUAUUUCUCGGUAGAUAUGAUCGCAAAGUCACGACAAUCGCAUUGUGUAAGAUUAUGGAAUACGGAGUCAUUCACAGAGAUAGUAGAUUGGAGGAGAUCGCCGUGAAGGGAGAUAUGAUCAUCUCAGGAACCGAAGAUGGUGUGAGGACCAGAAGCAAAGCUGAAUCACAGCCUUACGAAUGGACUACGGUGCCUGUACUAGUAAAAAUUUUUAAAGUAAUAAUCAACGAAUUGUCGAAUGACAUCGAAGCCAUUAGCGCUAGCCAAGAUACGGAUGUUUCUGACGAUGAGGAUGAAGAAGAUGAUGAAUUAAUAGAUCCCGGAAAUGAAGGUUUAAAUAUUUUACAAUUUGGAAGUACGGAUGAAGAUAAUGACGAUGAAGAUCCAGAAUUAUUGCAGGACACCAUUUAUCAUUUGAACCUUGGCCAGUAUUUGCGCGAUUUUUUGCUAAAUUUCUCCACUCAUCAUUGCUUUCGCAUGUAUAUUCAACACCUGAAUGUGCCAGAACUAAAAGUCUUGAAUAAUAUAAAUAUCAGUGCACUCAUAUAAUAGAAUAAGUAAUUUAGUUGCU